AUGCCAUUCCAGCCACCUACUCGACCCCACUCGGCCAAUCCACUUGCCGCCCUGCCUGCCGCCCCCACCUUCUCCCGCGCCGCCUCCCCGACGCGCGAGACGGACUGGGAGGAUGCAUGGGACUCUUCCUCGGAUAAGGAGGAUCAUGACGAGCCGGGUACCGGCAAUGGCGCCCCCUCCAGGCGGAGGACCGGGGAUGAUCGGAUCAGCUCGUCCACUUCGUCAGGAGUCGCGGCGAGUACGAGCUGGAGUAGCGGUUUCCAGCACGUUGAGCCGCCAGACUCGUCCUCCCCGCCGGUGAUCGUCCGCCCGAUCUUGUCUUCGGCAAAGACUUGUACGGAGGGAGCAUCUCUCCCGGCGCCAGGUUUGGUCAUGGCGGCAAAAGCACCAGGGGCCAAGCUGCCCCCAGGAGGAGCAUGGGAGCUGGUCGACGGAGCGGAAGCGGAGCCGGUGGUUGCUAUCCCUGUGGAGAAGGUUGGGGCGGAAGCGGUCCGGGAGGAUGUUGAGGACGUUCUUCGAGCAGAUCCAUUACAAUUACUGUCCUCUCUGUCGAUAUCGGCUCCUCCCACCCCGACGAGCGUUUUGCCCCCUUCCAACUUCCCCUUCCUCGCACCUACAUCGGCAUCGGGCUCUUCGUCAUCCCGCCAGACUCUCAAUCCCGACCGGAACGGAUCUUCUACUCAAACUCUGAAGGCCCCACCGAGAAAAGAGUUGGACCGGAAGCGAAGCGUGAGGACUGAGCGGAGGAGAGAGAGGUUUGCGAAAGCCUUGAAAGGGAGAGCGGAGGACGGGGGCGGUGUUGAUCUGGCUGAGCUGAGAAGACUGGCCUGGUCCGGCACACCUAGUGAAGUCAGGCCGAUCGUUUGGCAGCUGUUAUUGAAUUAUCUUCCAUUACCUACUCAGCCUCGACUCACCACCCUGUCUCGAAAGCGGAAAGAGUACUCCCAGUUGGUGGACCAGUACUUCGCCCGAGGAAUAGCUGGUUUGGAUCAACAGAUUUGGCAUCAAAUAGAGAUCGACGUACCGCGAACUCGUCCAGGCGCGCCACUCUGGUCCUGUCUUACCGCCCAAAGAUCGCUCGAACGGAUCCUAUACGUCUGGGCAAUCCGUCAUCCCGCCAGCGGAUAUGUACAGGGCAUCAACGACCUCGUCUGCCCAUUCUUUCAGGUCUUUCUCAGCGCCUAUAUCGAUACCGACCCGGAGCUGUUUGACGUCACCCACCUACCACCUUCAGUCCUCUCUGCUAUCGAAGCGGAUACGUUCUGGUGUCUCUCCAAACUGCUCGAUGGGAUACAAGACAACUACAUCUCACAACAACCGGGUAUACAGCGGCUUGUCAAGCGGAUGAGCGAGCUUGUCAAGCGGAUAGAUGCCCCUCUUUCAGCCCACUUUGAGGAUCAAGGCGUCGAGUUCUUGCAAUUUGCCUUCAGAUGGAUGAACUGUCUCUUGAUGCGCGAAAUGAGCGUAAAAUGCACCAUCAGAAUGUGGGAUACAUACUUGGCAGAAGGGACGGACGCCUUCUCACAGUUUCACCUCUACGUCUGCUCCGCUUUGCUCGUGAAGUACUCGGAACGGCUGCGGGAGAUGGACUUCCAGGAGAUGAUCAUCUUCCUACAGCGCCUCCCGACCGAUCUGUGGACAGAUCACGACGUCGAGCUCCUCCUAUCGGAAGCAUACGUGCUGAAGACGGUUUGGCAGGGCGCCGAGAACCACUUUGCGAAUCUGGCGCAGUCGAACGGCGGGAACUUUGGGAUGCUGGGGAGAUGA